AUGCACCCUUCACCUGGCUAUCACCAUCCGCCACAUAAAGUUUGCAGACUCCGUCGGGCACUUUAUGGUCUCAAGCAGGCUCCUCGUGCUUGGUUUGCCAAGUUCAGUUCUGUGGUUGCUCAACAAGGCCUUGUUUCUAGUUCUUAUGACUCAGCUCUCUUUCUUCGGACUACUGAUAAUGAUACUAUCCUUAUCCUUCUUUAUGUAGAUGAUAUGAUUAUUACUGGUGAUGACAUUUCAGGCAUCCGUGCUCUUCAAUCAUUCCUUAGCCAAAAUUUUGAAAUGAAGGACUUGGGGACACUCAGCUACUUCCUUGGUCUUGAGGUUACCUCGAGUAAUGAUAGUUAUUAUCUCUCUCAAGCCAAAUAUGUAUCUGAUCUACUUUCCCGAGCAGGUCUGACAGACAGUAAAACAGCGAGCAACCCCCUUGAGACUAAUGUCAAACUUCUAACUACAGAUGGUGAGCCUUUAUCAGAUGCUACUCUCUACAGGCAACUAGUAGGUAGUCUCAUUUAUCUUACUAUUACACGGCCGGAUAUUGCCUAUGCUGUUCAUUUGGUGAGUCAAUUUAUGAGUGCACCUCGAUCUACUCAUUAUGCUGCUGUUCUUCAUAUUUUGCGCUAUGUCAAAGGCACUAUGUUUUAUGGUAUUCAUUUCUCUUCUCAUUCAUCUCUUGAGCUCCGAGCCUACUCUGAUGCUGAUUGGGUUGGUGAUCCUACUGAUCGUCGCUCCACCACUAGAUAUUGUUUCCUACUUGGAACUUCUCUAAUUUCAUGGUGCAGUAAGAAACAAUCUGUUGUUGCUCGACCUAGUACUGAAGCUGAGUAUCGUGCUCUUGCUGACACUACAUAUGAACUUCUCUGGUUACGAUGGCUUUUGUCCGACAUGGGUGUUUCUCACUCCAUUAGUUCUCCUAUUUAUUGUGACAAUCGGAGUGUCAUACAGAUUGCUCAUAAUGAUGUUUUCCAUGAGCACACAAACACAUAUCGAGAUUGA